AGGAGCUAGCAUGGCGGACCCAUCAGUUCAACCCGGCAAGAGAAAACGCGAGGAGGAAGAGAAGAAAGAGGAGUCGGUUCUGGCUCCUGGGCCAGAAGGCGAUAAAGCACCCGUUGGGAAUGGAACUGCUGCCUCCGCCCGUUUCCCUUUCUCUGGCUUCCGACUGCAGAAAGUGCUCAAAGAGUCUUCGCGGGAUAAAAUAAUUUUCCUCCAUGGGAAGGUGAAUGAGACCUCUGGGGAUGGAGAUGGAGAUGGAGAUGAUGCAGUUGUCAUUCUAGAGAAGACUCCCUUCCAAGUGGAUCAGGUGGCUCAGCUCCUGCUGGGGAGCCCUGAACUCCAACUGCAGUUUUCCAAUGACAUCUACAGCACCUAUAAUCUGUUCCCACCAAAGCUGCUGAGCGAUAUAAAGACGACUGUGGUUUACCCUGCCACAGAGAAGCACUUGAAAAAGUACUUACGCCAGGACCUCCAUUUGGUUCGAGAGACUGGGGACGAUUACAAGAACAUCACUCUACCCUAUCUGGACUCACAGAGCCUCAGCAUCCAGUGGGUGUACAAUAUUCUGGAGAAGAAGGCUGAAGCUGACCGAAUUGUAUUUGAGAAUCCAGAUCCUUUGGAUGGCUUUGUUCUCAUUCCUGACCUCAAGUGGAAUCAAAAGCAAUUGGAUGACCUCUACCUGAUUGCCAUCUGCCAUCGCCGGGGGAUCAAGUCCCUACGAGAGCUUACUGGGGAACAUUUACCCCUACUCAGGAACAUCUUGCAACAGGGGCAGGAGGCCAUCCAGCAGCGCUACCAAGUGAAGGAGGAGCGUCUUCGAGUUUACCUGCACUACCAGCCCUCUUACUAUCACCUGCAUGUGCACUUCACUGCCUUGGGCUUUGAGGCACCUGGCUCAGGUGUGGAGCGGGCACACCUGCUGACUGAUGUGAUUGAGAAUCUGGAAUGUGACCCGGACUAUUAUCAACAUCGUACCCUCACUUUUGCCCUGAGGGCUGAUGAGCCUCUGCUUAAGCUCUUCCAAGAGGCCAAGAAGAACUGAGGUACCCACACAGAGGGGCUCUCAUGUGGAGAGAUGAAGGGAAUUUUUGUUACCAUGUUGGGUUUUUAAAACAUCCUUUUGUACUGGUUUGUUUGCUGUACCAAUUAAUAAAAUAUCUGGUUCACUAGG